AUGGAUGGUUCAGCUGAGGAUUCGUUGCAUCUAGUUGAAGCCUUAAGCAAGGUCAUUACUGAAUUUCCACCUGACCAUGCUAAGAGGGCUUUGGAGGCCUUGUGCUUGCCCCUCAUUACUCCUUUACAGGAAGUUGUCAGCCAAGGCCCAGACACAUUAAAUAGCAAGCCUACCGUGAUUUAA